CGAGGGAGUACGUUUCGGAUUAUGAAUCCGAAACUUCCAGUAAUAUCGACCGUGGCAGUGAGAUAAGGUUGUUAUUUUUCUAUGAUUUUGUAAAAUACUUGUCUACUAAAUUGUGGUAGCCAAUCUGACAUACCUCCUUCUAAGGAUAAGGAGCUAUGGGAAAAACCUGUCAGGCCUCGUUUUCCAGCGUAUGGAAACUCGAAAGCGAUUUUAGAUGCAGAAAAUAAAAGAGCCUACAAUUCAACCAUACGACAUCACCUGCUAAACCUUAAUGCUUUCGAACGUCAUAAAAAGUUGGUGAAUGACUAUUUGCAAUAUUACGGUGGAUCAUGGAAGGACUUCCGACGUGACACGUAAUUUUGUCUCCUUGAUUACGUACAAUUUAUAUUACAGUUCAAAGGAUAAAACAGAUAUUGACGUUAUAAAAGAGCAUGGGAGGUUCUUGUGGUCAGAAGAAGAUGAAGCGACAUCAUGGUCCGACCGUCUUGCUAAAAAAUACUGGGAAAAACUAUUUAAAGAAUAUUGCCUUAUUGAUUUAUCACGCUACAAAGAAAAUAAGUUUGGUAUGAGAUGGAGAUUAGAAAAAGAAGUGAUCUCCGGUAAAGGUCAGUUCACUUGUGGGAAUGUAGCUUGCCCAGCUGGAUCUGAACGUCUUCGUAGUUGGGAAGUGAAUUUUGUUUAUCAGGAACGUGGUGAACGACGUAAUGCUUUGGUUAAAAUACGUUUAUGUCCUCCUUGUUCCGAGAAGUUGAAUUAUCGAUAUCGGAGGCGAGAUGUUACCGGUAAACAAUUAAAUUCACAUCAAGGUGACGAUGAACGCAUCACCAGUCAACAAGGAACAAAUAAUGGUGAUGAUAAUAAUAUAGACUCUUCAAGUACUUCCCCGUCCUCAAAGCGUCCACGUAUUGAUGACACUGACGAUAAUAAUGAUAAUGUCAAAGCGUUAUCAUCUGAAGAGAAAUCUGCCGAUCUGAAUUCAAUAUGGUGUUGUACAUCAAGUCAAUCGGGACAGAAUAGCAGUAAAAGAUCCUCAAUUACAUCUACCGCUACGAGUAGUGGUGUUGGUACCAUCAAAACACAAGAUGAUGAAUUUGAUGAAUAUUUUGCCGAUAUGUUAAUGUAACUUAGUGAUUAUACUGCUAUUAUCGUUUUUUGCUUCCACUUUCCAUCUUCCUCUCUCUUGCACACACAUUUACAUACACAAAUACCAAUCAUUCUGUACAGAUACUAUGUAUAAUUUUCUUUCAU